AUGGAGGCAGGAUACUGGAUCAAGAUUGAAGAGCUUUGCAUAUGUCCAGGGAAGAGAAUUUCAAGGUUCCUCCACGAUCUUGAAUGGAGUUCAGGGUUACACAAUGUUGGAUCUCAUCACAUGACUUUAUCUAAUUUCUUUGUGUGCACCAUUGGAUCACUAUGGAACCUGGGUGCUAUUAAAAGAAGCAUGUACAUACUAUCCCAAUCAGCUAUCUCAUUCGCAGAACUACUUUUCCUGUUAUGUCUUGAUGAACUGGCACCUAUCCCAGGAGAAUUAACAGGCUGUGGGCCAGCUCUCUGGCACUUACAAUACCUUAAACUAGUGGGGCAGGCUGGUGCCCGGGGCGUAGUGACUGGCUCCCUGUGCACCGUUUCAAUGCAGGUCCGUGGUGCUAAUUCCAGAGGCACAUGGCUCUUUCUCACCCUAAUCCAAUCUCCUGUCGUGACUAUCUUAGAUGCCAUCGAAACCAUCUUCUAUAUGAGACCUAUUCAAGCUGCUCGUUUUGCAGCAGAGCUCAAGGACGCAGGAAGAGCUGAAUACCGUCCAAUUUGUGACUGGUGCAGCUGGUUCAUCACCAUUCUCGGCGUCUAUGUGUUGCAGCUGGAGAACGUUCAGUUCAAUCUUAUACAUCUGCAAGACAAACCAUAA